AAAAGCUCAAAACUCCGCCCCUGUCCUCGGCUGGCACCGCCCACGCCCUCUUCUGCGCCUGCGCACUCCCUCGCCUGCCCCCUCCUCGCCGUCUGCGCGCCUGCGCGUACCUUCCCCAUGUGUGCUCGGGCCGUCAGCCGGCUCAGCUGAGCGUCUGCACGAAGACCCCUCGGCGGAGAAACACUGUCACUGGCCCUGCAGCACCCACUGCCUGCUUUUGCUCUCUUGCUCUGUCGUUACAGCGCACGUGGCCAUGGGUAAGAGCAGGACGAAGCGCUUCAAGCGACCUCAGUUCUCCCCUACGGGCGACUGUCAGGCUGAGGCAGCUGCAGCGGCCAACGGGACUGCAGGCGAGGAGGACGACGGGCCGGCGGCGGAGCUUCUGGAAAAGCUCCAGCAUCCCAGCGCCGAGGUCCGCGAGUGCGCCUGCGCCGGGCUGGCUCGACUGGGGCAGCAGCGACCCGCUCUCCCCGGCCUGGCGCGGCGCGACGCGGUUCGCCGGCUCGGUCCGCUGCUGCUAGACCCCAGCCCUGCUGUCAGGCGAGCUGGAGCACUGAGAAAUCUCAGUGCCUGUGGAGGAUUUGAAGUUUGUGAUGACAUGGUGACUAAGGAUAUCAUGACGCCUCUGGUCGCACUGCUAAAAGAGUGCAGUGCUGGACUGGAUUCAAAUGAGCUGUCUCCACAGGAAAAAAAAGAUCGCAUCAGAAAUUCUAUUGAGACCAUAGCCAAUGAGGCUGUGAACGUGCUGUGGAAUAUAUGUGAAUGCAGUAGUAGAGCAGUAUCUAUAUUCAACAAAGAAGGGUGUUUGGAGAUUGUAUUAAAGUAUUUAAGUAGGUUUUCCACCAAUGUUGACCUGGCUAUUUCAGUAGCAUAUUGUUUACAGACAGUAACUGAAGAUAACCCGGAGCUACUAAAAUCUUUCAGUGCCACAGGAUUGCAUGUGCUAGAAUCAGCAAUGCUUUCUCCUGUCAGUUCCUUGGAAUAUGUUCUAUUGAAGACAUUGGUGGCAGGCACAAUUUGGAAUCUAAAAGACAUUAUUCCAUGCAAGAGUCAGGCAGAAAUCAUAAAUGCCAUACUAAAGAUCUUAUCGGACGUUUUGGAAAUGGAUGCUGGCGAAAUAGUAAUUCAGAUGAAGGAGGCCGAAACCCAAAGGUUAAAAACCACUGCAGAGACUGAGGAAAUAUUAGAGAAUGCUAAUGGUGGUGAUUUGAUUGAAGACGAUGAAAUGGAAGAAGUGCCUCAUAAAAGAAAAGUCAGAAGGAAGACGUUUGUUUCUGAUCUACUUCCAUCCACUGACAAGGAGCUAAGAGAGACCAUAGCAUUGCUGACUGCUCAGCAGACUGCUCUGGAAAUUAUUGUGAACAUGUGCUGCAGCGAAGACCCCUCCGAUGACGAAUGGGAAGAGCUUUCCAGCAGUGAUGAAAGUGAUGCAUUUAUGGAAAGUUCCUUCAGCGACUGCGGUGGGCAGCUGCUCUCUCCCCUGUGCCUCUCCCAUGAAAUCCACAGCGCCCUCACCAACUACCUCAUCCCAAAGAAGAUUUUUGCCAAAACUGCCUUUCCAAACAGCAUUGCGGUGGAUGUAUGUUCCAGGAACCCCACUUGGAAACCUUUGAUUAGAAAAAUGAACACUGUACAGUGUAGAGCCCUCGUGUGUCUCCAGAGUCUGGUGUCCCUCCUGGACGUGGACCAUCUGGGAGGAGCGCCAGCCCUUCAGGCACUUGCACAGCAUCUGUCAGAACUUCUCUUUUCUCAGCCAGAUUUUGCUAAACAUGCCGACUUUCUGGAAGCCAUAAGUAGUGCCUUGAGGGCCCUUUUGCAAACCAUGGCCUCUAAGAACAUUUCUCAGUGCAUGACUCCAGACCAGCUGAUGACAUUAUGCAAAGCAGGCAUUCAUAGCAGUAAUGUCGGGGUUAGAGUGAACGUCGUUAGUAUUUUAGGAAUCACUGGCAGCGUUCUAGCCAAAGAAGAUGGUACCCUUGAGACUCUUAAGACUAUCGGGAGCUUCCUGCUUGAAGUUGCCACCAAAGAUCCUUCCCUCGUCGUAGCAGGAGAAGCAUUGGAUGCCCUCUUCGACGUUUUUGCAGAUGGUAAAGAAGCUGAAAGAGCCUCAGUUCAAAUUAAAUUAUUAUCUGCCCUGAAAGAAUUCCAGCCAGUCUUCAAAACGAAGAUACGCAAAGAGGGGAGAGGUAAAUACAGCCCAGAUCAGCUCUGUGUUCUUGACAACGUGAAGAUGAAUUUGAGAAGGUUUGUCGCUUAUCAAGAAACUGUUGAGAAAAGACUGACUUCUUGAACCAUCGAAAGAGAGACCAAUUGUUCCCCAGAGUAUUAGAUACUGAGAAUACUAAAGGUUCCCUUUGAGGGUAUAUGUUUCUGGAAGUCUCUUUUUAAUGUUUAUAUUCUGUACAUUCAUCUGAAGUUCAUUAAAACUUCAAAAAAUGUCAGAAACCCCUUUUAAGCCCUGGGGUCUAUUACUAUUACUCUCUGAAUGACGUCUUCAGCGUAUGUUAAUCACUGGAAACACAAAGGGGAAGAAUGGAAACGCCAGGGUGUCUCCGGUUGUUCUUAAAUUCACAAGCAGUGAAAAAACUUCAGACAACCGUAUUUUCCUUCAAUUUUGCACAAAAGGGGAAAUCCAAAGCAUUACUUGGAUGCUGUUUUAAGCCAGUAUCGUUUAUAUUAAUAAUGCUGUAACUGAAAAAAAAUGAUAAGUUUUAUAACACUGUUUUUUUUAGUAUAAGAUAUAGCAUAGUAUGAGAUCCAUUUACCUUUUGUGAAAGAAGUGAAUGGUUUGAAUUCGUAUUUCUCUACUUAGUAGAUUUUACUAAUGAGCUGAUGUCAUCAUUCUCUCUACAGGCAAGUCUGAUAAGUUACCGUUUGAUUUAAUUUAAUAUGAAAUCAAAACUGGGAGAAAGUAUUUUUGAAUAAAUACUUUUUAA